AUGCUACCUCAAGUCGAAUCGAAGGCGGUCGAUAUCGAGACCUCACUUCAAUAUACGUUCACUGAUAAGCGCAUCGCGGUCGAGGCUGUUCAAAUGGCAGCUCCGAAAAUUGCCUGCUUACACAAGAACAACUUCGAGGGCCUUGACAACAAUAAAAGAUUGUCGGUCCUAGGUGAUGCAGUUCUCGCCAAGGUACUCUGCAGCGCCUGGUAUGAAGCUCGCAGUUCGACUGGGCGAGUGCAUUCUCAAGCGCAAUGGACGCAAUUGCGUAACGAGACGCUGAGCAACGAUGCGCUGGCUCGCCGAGGGUAUCAAGCUGGUCUCGACAGAUGCGUCAUUGUGGCUGAUAGCACGCCUGCCGUCUCCCCCAAAAUGGUCGCGACGACACUCGAAGCUCUCAUUGGCGCAGUCUAUCAGGACGGCGGAGAUGACGCUGUUCAUCGCGUCAUGCGUUCACUCGGUUUUUUUGAGCAUACACUCCUCACGAACGUUGAUCCGUCGUCAAGUAUAUAUACACACAGGGCGGCCUUUCGGCCAACGUUGCCCGCGUUCUCGCUUGCGGACAAGACCGCAGUUAUCACGGGUGGCGCCAGAGGCCUAGGAUUAGCUAUGAGCCGAUCGCUUGUUCUAAGCGGUGCCAACCUCGCGAUUGUCGACAUUCACAAAGCGGAGGCUACUCAACGAGCCAUGGAGAUCACCCAAGAGUUCCGGCAUUUACACUCGGGACAGCCGGUCCCAAAGAUUACAACGCAUUACGCUGACGUUGGGAAGAAAUCCGAGGUCGAUCAGUCCAUUCGCGAGGUACUCGGCGCGCAUGACGAGAUUACGAACCUGGUUACCUGUGCCGGAUAUUGUCAGAACGUAGAAGCCAUCGAGAUGACGCCUGAACAGAUAAAGACAAUGCUCGGCGUCAAUCUGGAAGGCACAUUCUACUGUGCCACUGAAAUUGCUAGGUACUUAAUGGCGCGCAACAAGCCCGGGAACAUGAUCUUCAUCGGAAGCAUCAGCGGCAGCAUUGUCAAUGUGCCGCAACCCCAGGCUAUGUAUAACUCGAGUAAAGCCGCAGUUCGGCAUCUUGCGGCUAGUCUAGCCGUUGAAUGGGCGAGCAAGGGCAUUCGAGUGAACUGCUUGAGCCCCGGCUACAUGAUCACUGAGCAGGCCAUGAAGGCGCAGAUUCUUGUAGACAAUCCAAACCUGAAGGCCGAGUGGGAGUCCAAAAUUCCACAGGGUCACAUGGGCCCACCUGAAGAAUUGAUGGGUACGGUAGCAUUUUUGGCAUCGGAUGCCUCUAGCUACAUUACUGGACAAGAGAUUAAAGUGGAUGGAGGUUACACUGUGUGUUGA